GAGUCUUUGCUUUCUGUUUAUUUUUUAUCAAGUAUUGCUUUUUGGCCUUUAUAUUCGCUUCGUUGGGACGUUUUUCAUUUUUGUUUCCCACGCUCGCACUUUUUGUAUUUUUUGGCUUGUAACACGCGUGUUCUAUUAUAAAGAUUAUAAAGUAAUAAAUAAAAUAUUCCGUAAAAAAUGUCUGCUGCUAUGCCAAUUAAUCCCAAACCAUUUCUGAAUGGUCUAACGGGUAAAGCUGUGAUAAUCAAACUUAAAUGGGGACAUGAGUAUAAAGGUUAUCUGGUGUCUGUGGAUGGCUACAUGAACAUGCAAUUGGCCAAUACAGAGGAACACAUUGAUGGUCAAGUCACCGGAAAUUUGGGAGAAGUCUUGAUUCGUUGCAACAACGUUUUGUACAUUAAAGGCGUCGACGAUGAAGAUGAAGAAGGCGAAAUGAGAGACUAAUAAAAAGUAUAAACCAUUUAUAAAAUUUAUAAUGGUCAUAGCUUAUAAUGUACUAGUUUUACGUUUAUUUCAUGUAUAAUA